GGGGUAUCAUGUAUAAUUAAUCGAAGGAGGCAGAGUCCGAUUUGAAAACGCUCACUUCAAUGAUGGACGCUCUGGUUCACCAUCACCCUCAGACACCAUGGCACAGCCCACACCACCAGAAGCCUCCCUGGGAGCUCUCAUCAUGACAUUCUACAAGCAAGCUGGCAGUGGAGAUGCCAAGACCCUCACCAGGAAAGAGCUAACCAACCUCAUCAAGGCAGAGCUGCCCAACAUCCCUGGGAAGGGUGGUCCUGAAGUGGGGGACCUGAUGACAAUGCUGGACCAGGACACUGACGGCUCUGUGGACUUCAAGGAGUACAUCACCCUGAUUGGAUCCCUUGCAUGUGCAACUGUGUUCUAGAGUGGAAAAUGCCUGUUUCCAUAUGCUUUGUCCAGUGUAUUACAUUACACUAGUGCACCCAGCCCUUGUGGGCGGUAAAUCAUUGGAAAUGAAUAAUUUGAUUCAAUGCAAUUUUCCCUCCUGCAAAUCAAAUAUGUAUCAGUUCAGAUUUUUGCUAUCAUCUCCGGAGCCUUUUUUUUUUUUUCCUCCCAUAUUUCCCUUUGGAUCAUGGUACUUGCUUUCAUGAUCAUUACUUAAGUCAGCAAGAUGUACGAAAUGCCUGCUUGCUGCUGCGUGUGUCAGUGACUUGGUGGCGCAUGUUUUGAUAGGCCUACCAUAAACCCAUGUUAUCCAUAUCUAUUAAAAACAGCACUCUACAAUAGAAAUAGAGUUAGGCCUACUAUUGUGAUGCAUGAUUGCAAUGCAAUUACCCCAUUAUUCGGAUCAUGGCGCAUGCUUUCUCUUUAAAAUGCAAUUUUUUAUUUUAUUUUAUUAACCUUUAUUUAACUAGGCAAGUUAGUUAAGAACAAAUUAUUAUUUACAAUGAUGGCCUACAAUGUUUUGAUAGGCCUACCAUGAAACCAUGUUAUCUACAUCUAUAAAAAAACAGUAGGCUAGGGCUGGUCCUGGUCCUGCAUGUCCGAUGCACAGGACACACAUCCAAACUAGGAGUGGGAAUGUAAUUUUCACCUCUUCAGAGUGGGCUGACUUAUCUACCAGCUCACGUUUGUUGCCUAUGUUUUAGGCCUAGUGCUUGUUUGACUCAUUACGUACAGUACCUUGCUUUAUUUAACAGCAUUAUUUGAAGGGCUUUGAUGGUUUGUUUAAGAGUUGGGGGAAACAGGGCAGUGAGUCAUAAGAGCUGCCGGUGAAAAUGUUAUGCACAGGGAACAGGGUGCUAUAAGCGCAGCAGCACUGUUGAUAGUAUACCUUGGAUACUGUGGAUUGCUGCAUGUUGCAUAUUAAUAUUACUAAUGUGAUGCAUAAUUGCCAUGGUAAUUUGGAAUGUCCAGUCAAUGAGCAUUUGAUUAUACAGAAUCAAAAUUGGCCUACAAGUGCUUACAUCGUUUAUAUUGUGACAGCAUGGUAUCCCCGGGAUACCGGACAUUCCAAAUUCACAAAAAACAGGAAAAUAAAUAAAAAUACAAAACACAGGAUGACGUGCUUCUUUUAAGCCUAAAAUGAAGAAAAUCUGAGCCAAAUCAACCGCAGUUGAGACUUACAGUAUUAUAAUAAACUGUAGAUGCUACAUUAAUAAAUGUUUCAUUUUCA